CCCGCUCUGUGCCCCGCAGAUGCGCUUCAUGCUGCUCUUCAGCCGGCAGGGGAAGCUGCGUCUGCAGAAGUGGUACUUGGCCACCUCGGACAAGGACAAGAAGAAGAUGGUCCGCGAGCUCAUGCAGGUGGUGCUGGCGCGCAAGCCCAAGAUGUGCAGCUUCCUGGAAUGGCGGGACCUGAAGGUGGUCUACAAGAGGUAUGCCAGCUUGUACUUCUGCUGUGCCAUCGAGGGGCAGGACAACGAGCUGAUCACCCUGGAGCUCAUCCAUCGAUAUGUGGAGCUGCUAGACAAAUACUUUGGCAGUGUGUGCGAGCUGGACAUCAUUUUCAACUUUGAAAAAGCCUACUUCAUCCUGGAUGAAUUCCUGAUGGGGGGAGAGGUGCAGGACACCUCCAAGAAGAGCGUCUUGAAAGCCAUUGAGCAGGCGGAUCUCUUGCAGGAGGAGGACGAGUCACCCCGAAGUGUGUUGGAGGAGAUGGGGCUGGCGUAGCUGAGGCUCCCUUCAGAAUCUCAGGCCAUCUUCCCUCACCACCCUGCCCCUCCCCCUUCCUCCGCUGCCCCACAGGCCCUGCAGAUACCUACUCGUGAGGCUCCUCGGUGGUGGGCAGCCGGACUCUCCAGCCCCCAACCCAGUGCCAAGCGGCUCUCCCUCGGGGGCAGGAUCCAGGGCAGUUUUCGCCAUGGUCCCAGGGUGCUGGCGGGUGAAAGCCCCUUACUCCCCGUCGUCUUCAUCAUUCAGUUAUCUGUUCCUGCCCCCUUCCACGCCCGCAGUGCCAUCCUGCUGUGCCACCGCUGCCGCCGCUGACUUGCACAGGCAGCCUCUGACCAAGCCUGGCUGAGGUCUCGGCUCCUGCCUUUUCUCUCUCGGACUCCCCCGAAGCUGGCACAGUGUUGGGAGGGUCCCAGGUCACCAGUAGGACAGCAGCUUCCUUGCACCCGAAGGCUGCUUUCUGGAUGUUGGGGGCUUGUUUGGGGGGGGUGUUUCUCUCCUCUCUGCCCCCGCUCCUGCAGGUGGACCUCUCCAGCCCAAGGAAUGGGAGGGGAAUGUCUUCCCGGGUUUUCUGAAUAAAAUGUGUCUGGAAGA